UGAAAGAGCUCUCAUUUUUAAAGUAUAGUUGGUUUGAAGCAGAGCAAGAAUGGCGAGCAGUGGCAGUGGGCAACAACUGCCGCCGUACAACCCUUACCGGCACCUGAAGACUCUUCGCGGCCACGAGAGCGCCGUGUCGUGCGUCAAAUUCUCCAACGACGGAACCCUCUUGGCCUCGGCGUCGUUAGAUAAGACCGUGAUCCUCUGGUGGUCUUCCACCCUAGCCCUCCUGCGCCGCCUGGAGGGACACUCCGAGGGCAUCUCCGACCUUUCCUGGUCCUCCGACUCCCACUACAUCUGCUCCGCCUCCGACGACUGCACCCUCCGCAUCUGGGACGCACGCUCCCCCACCGGCGAGUGCGUCAAGACUCUCCGCGGCCACUCCGACCUCGUUUUCUGCGCCAACUUCAACCCCCAGUCCAACCUCAUCGUCUCCGGCUCGUUCGACGAGACGAUUCGGAUUUGGGAGGCCAAGACCGGCAAGUGCCUCCACGUCAUCAGGGCCCACUCGCUUCCGGUGACCUCCGUGAGCUUCAAUCGCGAUGGGUCGCUCAUCGUCUCCGCCAGUCACGACGGGUCGUGCAAGAUUUGGGACACCGCUAAAGGGACCUGCUUGAAAACCCUAAUUGACGAUAAGGUCCCUGCCGUUUCCUUCGCCAAGUUCUCCCCCAACGGAAAAUUCAUACUCAUCGCCACUCUAGAUAAUACCCUUAAGCUGUGCAACUACUCGACGGGAAAGUUCUUGAAGGUCUAUACGGGGCAUUUGAACAAAGUGUAUUGCAUAACAUCUACAUUUUCUGUGACAAAUGGGAAAUAUAUUGUUAGUGGUUCCGAGGAUCACUGUGUAUACUUGUGGGAUCUUCAGUUGAAAACUAUGAUUCAGAGAUUUGAAGGCCAUACUGAUACCGUCAUCUCUGUUUCGUGUCACCCGUCGGAGAAUAAGAUUGCCUCCGCAGCUCUCCAAAAUGAUAAGACUGUCCGGAUCUGGGUUCAAGAUAAUGCCAAUUCAGCUCCUAAAUGAAAACAUUGUCUGGAUUUGGGUUUCAUCUAAUCCAUAACAUGGGGCUUUUAGAUGCUAUCUCCCUAUUGAGGAUAACCAGAUAUAUGUUAAGAGCUGUAAACAUUAGCUUUGAAUCCGAAGUUCCAAUUUUUUCCUUCCUUGCAAUGUGAUUCUUGUACGUGUCUAAUUCAGGAUUUGGCUUUAAUUUAA